UGUAUUUCACGUUCAUUUUCUCGUCGGGAUUCAUUUGGCAUCUCGACCGUCCUGGUCAGCAGAAGGAAGUCGGUGGCAAAAUGACGUCCGUAACUUAAGUUAUAAAUUCAUCAUCUAGUUCAUGCAGUGAAGAGGUGCCAAAGGCGUUCACCGGUGGCUGUCAACAUAAACGAAGAUGAGUGACGGACCGAGGAAGCGGGGUGCCAGCAGCUCCCACUCGGAAAGCGGGGACCCCACGCCGGAGCCCGCCAAGGAAUCAGGGGGAGGCGGUGUUGCUCUGAAGAAGGAGAUCGGCUUGGUCAGCGCCUGUGGAAUUAUUGUUGGCAACAUCAUCGGGUCGGGGAUCUUCGUGAGCCCCAAGGGGGUUCUGGAGAACGCGGGCUCCGUAGGCCUGGCCAUCAUUGUGUGGGUGGUGACGGGCGGCAUCACCGCCAUCGGAGCGCUCUGCUACGCCGAGCUGGGCGUCACCAUCCCGAAGUCUGGGGGAGACUACUCCUACGUCAAGGACAUCUUCGGCGGCCUGGCGGGGUUCCUGCGGCUGUGGAUCGCCGUGCUGGUCAUCUACCCCACCAACCAGGCGGUCAUCGCCCUCACAUUCGCCAACUACAUCCUCCAGCCCCUCUUCCCAAGCUGCCUGCCCCCCGACACCGCACUGCGUCUGCUAGCCGCCGUCUGCCUGCUGUUGCUGACGUGGGUGAACUGCUUCAGCGUCCGCUGGGCCACCCGUGUCCAGGACAUCUUCACGGCCGGGAAGCUUCUAGCCCUGGGCCUGAUCAUCAUCAUGGGCAUCGUUCAGAUCUGCAAAGGCCACUACUACUGGUUGGAGCCGGUGCAUGCGUUCGAGACGUUCCGGGACUACGAAGUGGGGCUGAUCGCCCUUUCCUUCCUGCAGGGCUCCUUCGCCUACGGAGGCUGGAACUUCCUCAACUAUGUGACGGAGGAGCUGGUGGACCCCUACAGGAACCUGCCCCGGGCCAUCUUCAUCUCCAUCCCCCUGGUCACCUUCGUCUACGUGUUUGCCAACAUCGCCUACAUCACCGCCAUGAGUCCCCAGGAGCUGUUGGCCUCCAACGCCGUGGCCGUGACAUUUGGAGAGAAGCUGCUAGGGGUGAUGUCAUGGAUCAUGCCCAUCUCUGUGGCCCUCUCCACCUUCGGGGGGGUCAACGGUUCGCUCUUCACCUCCUCACGGCUGUUCUUCGCCGGCGCCCGGGAGGGCCACCUGCCCCGCCUCCUGGCCAUGAUCCACGUCAACCGCUGCACUCCCAUCCCCGCCCUCCUCUUCACGUGCGUCUCCACGUUACUGAUGAUGUGCACUAGUGACAUCUACACACUCAUCAACUACGUGGGCUUCAUCAACUACCUCUUUUACGGAGUCACCGUCGCCGGGCAGAUUGUGCUGCGCAUCAAACAGCCAGACCUCAAGCGACCAAUCAAGAUCAGCCUGGUGUGGCCUGUCAUCUACCUGCUGUUCUGGGGCUUCCUGCUGAUCUUCUCGCUCUACUCUGAGCCCCUGGUGUGUGGCAUCGGGCUGUUGAUCAUGCUGACGGGCGUCCCAGUCUACUACCUGGGUGUCUACUGGGAGAACAAGCCCGAGUGGUUCGACAGAGGCCUUUGUAAAUUGACCCACGUGUGCCAGAAGUUCUGUUCCGUGGUGUACCCUGCGAUGGACCAGAGCCCACCGGAGGAGGAAAAAGGAGAUGGGCACGAGGAAGACGGGUCGCUAAAAGUGGAUGGUUGACGCGCUAUCCAAUGAAACCGUUGAAAAGGACAUGAUUGAAACGCAUGGGUUUAAAAAACCAUGCUGGGGACAGAAUCCUGGGAACUGGGAGGGAAAUGGUGCACGACCACUUGAUGAUCAAGAACUGAGUCAUUCUGCUGCAGGGCUUGGUUUUCCUGCUUUCGUCUUCCUAGUCUCUUUGAAUGGCCUUAAUUCUGAACACCACUGCCUCAAAUGUAGUUAUGCCUGGCAACGGGUGAUGCAAGGUGCAAUGUCGAAGUUACGAACGAGGUCAACUUACCACACACACCGUGUUCAUGUUAAAAAGCCUAAUGUGUUUUUGUAUGGUCUUUCAUACUGUCUGUGUUUGGGGGAGGACGGGGGUAAUAUAUUUUAUUUGUAUUGUUCAUCACGUGAUAUCACUAUAGUAGCACUAACAUGUCGCACUUCUAGCUAACUGGUUGACACGUUUUAUUACAUUGGGAUUCCGUCAUGUGAUUGUCAAAUAUGUUUGUCUUCUGAAAUAAAAGCCUUAAAUGGCUUUUGAAAGAAAACUGUUAGUGAUGAUUUCCGAGUUGUAUAGUUGUGGAGUUCAUUUUUGUAAGAAGUACUUGCAUCUUUGAGACUAGGUAGUCCUGCUAAUCUAAACAUUUUCUUAAAAGGAUUACAUUAAAAACAAGUCGGCAAUUAAUCAAACCUAAAGAUGCCUUUCGGAUCAAGGAAAAUGUCAAGGAGCCAGCCUCAUUGUUUAUUAAGGGAAUUAAACUAAAGUCUAAAGUUCUCAUCCAUAUUUUAAAUCCACUUGUUGGCGCACCUGAAACUCGCGUCAUCGGAGUCGGCAGAGUUACACCGCAGUGCAAGAUCAGGUUGCGGAAGUGAUGGCUAAGCGGCCAAACAUUGGGGAGGACGGCAUUGGAAGAAUGAGAGCUAGACAACACAUAUUUAAACUUGGGGUGAUUGACGAUAAUAUUUGUGUUAAUUUGUACUUUUCAGGGGAAGAGCUGCACAGAGCCAUAAAUAGAAAAGCAAAGAUUGCGUACGGUGUGCGUAUGCAGGGUUUUAUAAAUCGGAAUAUCUUUUGGCGCACGCAAAACUAGGCUUUUGGGCGUAUGUACACUUUUAGUAGCGAUCCCACGCACAGUUUUAUAAAUGAGACCCCAGAUGUGUCAGGUGUGCGCCCUCCUUUUUAACACUAUUGUCUAGCACCUGUGGAUUACCUUUGGAUGUGCGCACAACCCCUCUUCUUAGGUGUGCGAGAGAGACAUACGAACGUACGCUUACCACUUUUGUAAAUGCCAUAUAUAUACUAGUACAUUUGGAUCGUGUGAUAGGAAUAGAUCUAUUCCGAUUAGAAAUCGGAUAAAAAGUGUCCAUGUAAACGCGGCUAGUUUGUUGGAUUCAUGUUAAUGUGUAUUUAAAGACAUUUCAAUUUGUGGAAAAGAUUGCGGGGGGAAUAUGUUUUUUUUCUAAUCCACCAAAACUUUCGCGACCCCCCUGCAGUACCUCUGCGGACCCCCUGUUGAAGACCUGCGGACCCCCUCAACAGCGUGGCCACUGAGUGACAUGUGUAACGUAACAGCCAAUCAGCGUUUAACCAGCCAACCGUUCCCUGCAGUGCAGUCCGGGUUGAACCGCAGCAAAUUCGCCUGACAAAACUUGCGCAGCGACAGGGCAACAAAUGUGUCUUUUGGUGUGAACGCAUGCUCUUUUAAUUGUUGUUUUUUUGGUAGGUGCAGUGUGAAUUGUGCAGUCGGUGGGCACAUUUUGAGGGUGCCCAAUAUGGCCAUGACAAUAGCGCUGCAAGAAAUGCCUCAAAAUAAAACAAAGAUUUGAGAUCUUU